ACGAUUGCGGCUGACGGUACACGAUAACGGACGGUGCGCUGGAGAAUCCCGGUUAGAUCACGUUUGGUUCGACGGCUCAUAGGUAGGAGUGUACAAUAUAAUCUCGUCGUAACUCCGAGGCCGUUCGAUUGAUCAACGACGUCCCGGACAACGAUGCGCGCCGGUGCUAUAUUUUCACGGUGAUUGCUCUCCGUCGCCGUCCGGAUCCGAUCUCUUGGAUUUUCGUCGGGUCCACCGUCCGCGCUCGUUUUUCGCUGCCGUAACGAACGGUGUUCGGAUGAUAUUAUUGCUCGCCCGAGUUGUCCCUUGGGUAAUUCGACGACCGCAGGAUAUCCCUCGCACGUUUCGACGCCAUGGCCUCCGCCAACGCCACCAGUGACCGCAACGCGGAACUACUACUCGAAAACUCGGUGUUGCAGGUUGCAUCAGCGCAUUUAAUUGAUUUAUAUUGUGGAGCAGGUGAAAACAAUGACAACAUGUUAAACUGUGAGACAAACCUAAUAUACAAUAUGUAAACGGACCUUUGAAAAUAUCAUAUGUGUUCAAACAACAGCCUUGCUGAAAAAAUCAACUCUUGAAAAGAUACUCUGUGUCCUACAAGAAUUUAUUAGUAAAAUCAAUGUACCCAUGAAUGAAAUAAUUCAUUGUGAUGAAGAGUUCACUGAAACGAUCUGUGAUGAGGUAAAUACCAAAAGAAAAAUAAACCACAAGGCAUUUGAUAGUUUUAAAGCCCUAUGCAGUGAGAAAAAAAAAAAGAAAACUGCUCAAAAACCAGAAGUCUACAAAUGUGCAGACUGUAAAUAUCAAACGUUCCGAAAAGCAGAUUUGAAAAAACAUCUGAAACGUCACAUGGGGGUGUGUAACUAUUGUUGCAACUACUGUUCACGGACAUUUUUUGACAAAUACAACUUGGAGAGACACAUUAAUGCCAAUCACACAAAAAAACAAAAAUACUCUUGUAAAACGUGUGAAUACACAACGUACUUGUAUGAUUCACUUAAACGCCAUGAAAAAUUGAAACACGGUGAUCAUACUGAAUCAAAAUUUAUCUGUUCUAUUUGUUACCAUGUGAGUGCUUCCAAACAUGACAUGUCCAUACAUUUGUUCAUCCACAACAAGUGCAAGCCUUACAUGUGUGAAGAAUGUGGUUCAAUGUUUGCCAUCAAGAGUCGAUUGCAAACACAUAAGAACACCGUGCACAAUGAACGUGUACACACGUGUAAUGUGUGUGACAAAGCAUUUCAAUCACAAUCAUUGGUGAAAAGACAUAUGAUCAUACAUUCACGUUUCAAGCCAUACUUGUGUCCGUUUUGCAAUCACUCAUCAAACAGUCAGAGCAACUUAACCAAACAUGUGCGAAAUAUUCACUCCAAGGAUGAUUUUUCAUACCACAAGUAUAUAAAUGGAAAACAAUGAUGAACCAUGCUCAUUACAUACUACAGGUUGUUACCAUACUGCCAUAUUAUAUUGGACCAAUAUAUGACAUUUUUAAUUAACUAUUUUAUAUAAAUUUUAUAAUGAUUGUUGUUCUUAAUUUCUCUUCUUUCUUUUGGAUGGUUUCACUAGUUAGUAUGUUAUACAUUUUUCAUUGUUUAUCUUUAAAAUGUGUUUUAAAGUUAUAACUAAUGUAGCCUUUAAUUAAUUAUUGGUUGACCAUUUAAACUCCUUCAAAAUUGAUAGUUUAUUAUAUUUUUUAAGGAACCCCACCGGAAAUAAUUUAUGUUUUACAAGUUAUAUUUU